UCACGUGCCAUGACCCUUAUAUAUACAAGCAUGGUUUAGACAAGAGGUUGUAUCAAAAGCAAGGAAUGGUCAAGCCAUAAAAAAAAGGACUCAAAAUACACUCUCACACACACAUCUCUCUCUCUCUCUAUCUUUGUGAUUUGACACAAAUCCAUUGGAGUUGUACUAUCUCCCUGUACCACAUCUAUUAUUACAUCAAGUCCCAUAUUCCUUUUGGGCUUAGUGUCUCUUAACUCUGUUUCUUCUUCUUCUCCACAACACAUAACAAUAUUUUUGCACAUAUUUGGUAUCACCAAAAAAGGGUUGUUUAAAAACAAGUUGCAAAGCUAAAAAAUGGAAGUUAAUGGUGAUAUGAUGGUGUCAAGGUUCAAGAGGAUUUGUGUUUUUUGUGGGAGUAGUCAAGGCAAGAAAAGCAGCUACCAAGAUGCUGCAAUUGAGCUUGGAAAAGAAUUGGUUUCAAGAAACAUUGAUUUGGUGUAUGGAGGAGGAAGCAUUGGGUUAAUGGGAUUGGUUUCACAAGCAGUUCAUGAUGGUGGUCGCCAUGUUAUAGGGGUCAUUCCCAAGACACUCAUGCCUCGAGAGUUAACUGGUGAAACAGUAGGAGAAGUGAAAGCAGUGGCUGGUAUGCACCAAAGGAAAGCAGAAAUGGCUAAGCAUUCUGAUGCUUUUAUUGCUUUACCAGGUGGGUAUGGCACUCUUGAGGAGCUUCUUGAAGUGAUAACAUGGGCUCAACUCGGCAUUCAUGAUAAGCCGGUUGGUUUACUAAACGUUGAUGGAUACUACAACUCAUUGCUGUCGUUUAUCGACAAAGCAGUUGAAGAAGGCUUCAUUAGCCCAAGUGCGCGCCACAUCAUCAUCUCCGCUCCAACAGCUAAGGUUUUGGUCAGGAAACUAGAGGAAUAUGUUCCAUGCCAUGAAGGAGUGAAGUUAAACUGGGAAAUAGAACAACUGGAAUUCACUGACUAUGAUAUCACUAGAUGUUGAAAGACAAAAAAAAUGGGAGAUUUUUGCUGCACAGAAAGUUUUUUAUAUUUUCUUGAAUGAAAGAUCUGUGGCAGAUGCAAAAAGGUGCUAACUUUGAAUUGGGCUUUUGUUCUAGUUAGAUUUUGAUAUGAAGGGUAUUAAUCUUUUUUUUUUUUUUUUUAAUUUUGUAAAUUAUUAAUGAUGGAAAUGACAUCCAAAAAACCUGUGGGAAACCUCUCUUUUGUAACCCCCUUCACUUGCAAGUCCUGUUUGUUUCACAGGUUGUAAAGAUACUAUAUAUAUGCAUAUUAAUGUCACUUGUUUAGUGGUUUUAUUUCCAA